GCCUGUUCCGCGGCCGCUCGGUCAUUUUCGCUUCUUUGUUUUACUGAUAGUGGAUUUAACUCGGAUUCAGCCCAACAUCCAGCGGAUCGUGCUGCUCCCGAACAGGCUUCGAUGAGGGGCUCUCCAUGAUGAGCAGCUAACACCGCCGGCCACUCAACCACAGGAAGAGACGUGGCUGCUGCACCAUCCACAGGCGACGCAUGGCGGUAUUAGGGAACCCCGACAUGCUGACGAGGAAGAUAAAGCUGUGUCACAUCAACGCCCACAUCACAUGUCGUCUGUGUGAGGGCUACUUGAUCGACGCCACCACCGUCACCGAGUGCUUACACACCUUCUGCAGAAGCUGUCUAGUGAAGUAUCUGGAGGAAAACAACACGUGUCCCACGUGUAGGAUUGUUAUUCAUCAGAGCCAUCCACUGCAGUACAUCGGCCAUGACAGAACAAUGCAGGACAUCGUCUAUAAGCUGGUACCGGGACUUCAAGAGGCGGAGAUAAAGAAACAGAGGGACUUCUAUCAGAAGUUGGGGAUGGAGGUUCCCGGUGACAUUAAAGGAGAACUCUGUAACAUGAAGACUCAUCUAGAUCAGCGUAACGGCGACGCCAAAUCGGAAGACACGGCCAAUAAGGAGGCGGGAGAGGAGAAGCCAGAGGAGGAUAACGACUAUCAUCGCAGCGAUGAGCAGGUCAGCAUCUGCCUGGAGUGCAACAGCAGCAAGCUUCGGGGUCUGAAGCGCAAGUGGAUCCGCUGUUCGGCACAAGCCACGGUCCUCCACCUCAAGAAGUUCAUCGCCAAAAAGCUCAACCUGACGUCAUUUAACGAGCUGGACAUUUUAUGCAACGAAGAAAUCCUGGGGAAGGACCACACUUUGAAAUUUGUUGUUGUGACCAGAUGGAGAUUUAAGAAAUCGCCCCUCCUGCUCCAUUACAGACCCAAGAUGGAUCUGCUGUAGCUGCAACCCUUCUUGUUUUUUUUUUUUUUUUUCCCCUCCUUGUUUUUGUUGUUGUUGUUUUUUUUUUUCCUGGUUGGCCCAGUGGUCAGCGGACUGUGCCGAAACAUUUUUAAAUUUUUACAUUUUUUUUUUAUUUUUUUUUUAAUUUAUGCAAAGACGAUCAACCAACACCAAGCAAAUCACCCGACUGUAAAACGUCAACACAACAAGCCAGCA